AAAAGCUGCGACUUGAACCAAAACUUCGCGUCUAUCUGGGAUAUAAUAUAACACGGCCAGAACAUGGCAGAAUACUGGAAAUCUACACCGAAAUACUGGUGUAAGCACUGCAAGGUCUUCGUACGCGAUACACCUUACGAACGAACUCAGCAUGAAGCUACAGGAAAGCAUCAAAGCAGCUUAAAACGGUUUUUACGAGAUAUACACAGAGAUCAAGAACGAGGCGAAAAAGAAAGCCAAAAGGCAAAAAGCGAAAUCGAGCGACUGAGAGGAAUAGUAUCCAACCCCGGUUCGUCGACGGGAGCCAAACGAGCACAAAAUGACCCACCAUGGAGGAAAGCAACAGCUACGGGAGCGAAUACUACAGGCUUGACACAAGAUCGAAUGCAACAGGUGGCACAACUGGCAGAAAUGGGAGUUGCAGUUCCUGAGGAGUUUAGGCCGAGUAUGGCAUUGGCUGGAGACUGGAAGGUUGUCUCCGAGACGCCAAUAGAAGAGCAUACUACCGAGACUACAGUUAAAAAUAUUGGCGUUCGAAAACGAAAAAUGAGGGAGGAUGAACAGGAAGAAGCAGACAUGCAGCAGGAAGUUGUAAGAAAAUCCUGGGGCUCAGCGAUUCGCGAGUAUCGGGCCAGUGAGGAUGAUUCGGCUGAACUUGAUGCGCUCUUAAACAUGACGACGAACAUGAAGAAGGUUAAAACAAAAGUCAAGACGGAUCCUGAGUCUAGAGAUGCACAGGAACCUGCUGUGAAAAAAGAAGAAAAUGCUGAAGACGACAGAGCUAAUGUGCCUGUCAAGGAUGAGGAUAUACCGCCUAACAUUAAACAGGAAGAGACAGAUGCGAGGGACGAGGCAGAGAAUUCUCCUCCGGCUGUCAUGUUUAAGAAGCGGAAGCCGAAAAAUAUAAAACGGUAACAUAUGCUUGUUUAAAACACCACUUGCUUCCUAAUCUCAGAGUCAACCUUUGGCUUUGGAGGACACGACUAUAUUUCUGAGUAGCUAUACAAUCAAGUCCUUAUCAAAUUCUAUCUAUAGAUACUGAUAUCUAGACUCUGAUUUGAUAGGUGCGUAUAAGAAAGGCAACAGGCAUAACGCUACCGGUUUACCUUAUAGAAUAUGUACAUUGAGCUGUAACAGCGCUGUCUACCCAAGUAUAUUGUCAAACCACAGUUCCUGUCGAAUAUAUUAAUCUGACCGUGUCGUGAAUCUUAAAGUCAUCGAAGCUUGGCAUCGCCACUCUCAUUUUUCUUAGUUGAUAUCAAAGAUUUUGAGCCGCUUGAAAACAUCUCGAGUCGCAACCAGCCUUUUGUGCAGACACC